AUGCUCCUACAACUCCCCACAGAACUGAUACAACUUGUUCUUCAAUACUCAACCACGCCAGCCUUCCUGCAGGCAGCUUUCGCUUGUCGCACUCUCUAUGCCAUUGCCUCUAACUGCCGGGAGAUUCUAUUCCAUCACCUGUGCCAAACACCUGGGCUGAAUGAGGAUCUUCUACCUACUGAGUCAACGCAACUAUUCCGGGUACUUCAAAGGCGCGCGUCCCAGCAACUGUAUGGUGCACAGUUCACCGCAGGUUGCACUCAUUUCCACUUUGGGUCAUUGGUCCUUGAUGUCAAAGCAUCAUCACUAGCCCCCUCAGAACACCAGACCUUUGCGCUUGUCUACAAAGGCCACGAGGACAUUCGGCUUUUUCGCACCGAGAAUGGCCAGCUUCAACUUAAAGCUUGCUUAAAACCACACCGGCUUCAGCCAGGAAUAGUCGAGGUUCUAAAGACAGCCUUUGAUGCAGAUGAUGGCCUCUAUGUCCUACAACGCUUUACACCUACGGUUGAAGAAAGUACAGACUCAGAGCACCCAUUCAUUAAACAAGCAUCUAAAUCCUAUAUCGGGGGGCAGAUCUAUCUCAUUCGCUAUUCCCUCCAGUCUCGCCAGGAUCCUGUUCGCGUAUGUACAUUCCCGGACCAUGCUGAGUAUGAGCCUCUGGCUCUUGCCGCUGCCCAUCGAGAUACCUUUGCAAUCUCCUGGCAGCAUUCCCGCGAAAGUGAAAACUAUGAAGUAGUGCUUUAUAAUGCACAGAGCACAUCUAGCGUCCACAGCCUGCCAAGUGCAAUAGAUCUUGCCUAUGAUUCUUGUGUGCUUGUAGACUGGACCAAACAGCAUCACAAUGAUGGCAUACACCUCCAUGCAAGGCUGACCGGUCCCCGUUUUAACUGCCAGAAAGGACCCGUUAUAGACCUUGCAUUCAACGAUAGAUCAACCCAAAUACUCUAUUACCACCGAGCCCAAACUUUAUAUGGGUCAUUCCAAAGGAUCAAUAUGACUUCUUUCCCGGUCCAGCCUACAUUAUAUGAGAACUCAUCACUAGUGCAGUUCUCGGGUUCCUUGAGUCUUCUCUUCUCAAUCGCCAUUCCUUUUUAUGGAACACAUGCAACGAGAGUGGAGGGAAACGGCCAUUCCAGAUGUCACUGGAAAUACCUUGCCUUCGGAAUAGCGACUCAUCGCACGGAAGAUUGGACUGUCGCAUGUUUGUUGAAAUCCGAAGCGGUCUGCUCCUCUGAACAUUGUGGGCAUGUUCUGAACCUUGAACGCGGGCGACGCUUUUUUGACUGGACAGUAGUUGCACGACUUUGGGGGUUUCAGGAUUCGAAUAAUUCCCUCGGGUGUAGAGUUGCUACUUCGAAACAUGGCACACGGAUUGCUGUCGCUAACUGGAAUGUUUUGUACAUCUGGGCAUUGCAACCCAAUGCACUCAUCGAACAAAAUUCCAACGGGUAUUACCCGCCCUUGCUGCAGUCCCCAGACUCGGGAAUGGUCGAACUGCGGCCGAUCGUUAUCCCACUAGACGCGGUCUGCUUCAAAUUAUGUUUUACAGAUGUGGAGGAUGAAUUGUUGGCUAUCACAGACCGAGGGUUGAUGUUCUGGGAUCUUGGCCCGUUAGGAAGAGGCCAACGAAUAACUAAAGAGCUUCCGGCUUAG